AUGCUUCUGCAGCGCUCGCCCAGGCUGCAUGGUUCUACUGCUUCUGGGCUGACCGCCUGCCGCCCUGCCGCCUCCAUUGCAGAUGUGCAGCAGGAGAAGACGCAUAACGCCCUGCUCGAGGGCGUCGAGAAGUUCGAUUCCGAGCAGCUGAAGAAGACGGAGACCCAGGAGAAGAACCGCCUCCCCUCUCCCGACGAUGUGCAGCAGGAGAAGACGCACCAGAGCCUGCUGACGGGUGUGGAGCACUUCAACAAGGACUCGAUGAAGAACGUCACCCCCGAGGAGAAGACCCACCUGCCCAGUCCCGAAGAGAUUCAGCAGGAGAAGAAGCUCCAGUCGCAUCUGGACGGAAUCGAGAACUUCGACGCCAACAAGCUGAAGCACGCCGAUACCGUGGAGAAAAACUCUCUGCCCACCGCGGAUGAUAUCAAGUCGGAAAAGACCGCCUAGGCUGGACGCGGCGUACCAUUCACCUUUCAUCCGGUCCUCCCGUCGUGUGCGUUCUAACCGCUAUCUGCCUGCGCUGGCCGCGACUCUACAGUGCCCCCUGGCCAGUGCUUUGGAACGGAGCUCGAGCCGUGGCGCUGCUAAAGGCCAGUGGCGCGGCACCAGUGACUUGCGUAGGUGGCGCUAGUAUCACGUGAAUAGAUGUCGCUGGCGUAUUGGAAUGUUUACGGACCGUCCAAGACUUGUUAGCACUGGACAGAAGUGAAUUAUCAAAGGUGCUGUUAGUCUUUACCGUGAUCAAGUUUGCGGUCCUUCACACUUACUCUAUGUAAGGUUAUACAGAAAACCUUUCGCCUAUGAUUUCCUGUCAUGAUGUGCUGUGGAAUGAUUAUCUGCAUUUAGGAGCAAAUAAAUUUGUAUAAAAUGCUA